UUCGAAUCGACCUGACUAAAAUAUUUAAAUACUGAUGUGAACAAUUAAUACGGGUCCUAUAGAAUUGCUAACAUUAUUAUUAUAUAUAUUUAUAUUGCACACAAUACGAAUAGCGGCUGUUGUUUGUGACUUACUGCCUCGAAGUCAAAACUUUUGGAGAGCACGCUAGAGCAGAUUAAUAAAACGCUGCACACAUUACGAAUAAUUGCUGUUGCUUGUGACUGUGCCUUACUGCCUCGAAGUCUUUUGGAGAGCACGCUAGAGCAGAAUAAUAAAACGCGAUGUGGAUAGUUGUACUAUUUGAAGCCGACAGCACAUUAGCUGCUGUACCUGCAUUUUGGUAUAAAGAUGGCCUCUGUGCAUGGCCCAACAGCAAAAUUAGUAGAAACAUAGAAAAAAGAACUGCACCAAAUGAGUUAGAAUUCUCCAGUUAUAAGGCAAAAAUAUUAUAUGAGCAUGUUGGAAGUUAUUUAGAAGCUCGUACCUUGGCUCAAGAUAAUUCAGAGGCAUCAUCAUGCGAUAACUUAUAUGAAGAUAUGCGCUUAAAAAAGAAGAAAAACUCAAGAUUUGUAUCGUCUAAAAACCAAACAAGGCUUCUUUCUCCACCACUAAUCGAUUCUGAAGAUUCUGAGAAUGAUGAUUCUGAGAAUGAUGUUGAUAAAAAUUAUAAGCCUUUUUCAAAUGAUGAUUUUACUCGUGAAAUUUCAUCUAGUUCAUCAAAAAACAAAAAAUUGAAAGUCUUUCACAAAACUGGAUCAUUUACAACUCAUGACCAAAGUUCAACUUCCAAACUAUCGCAGCAUCAAACAACACCAACAUAUUAUGUAAACCACUCACCUGAAUCAAGAUCGUAUCAGUCUACACCAAAAGCUCAGUUAACUGAACCAUUUAAAAAUAAAGACAAACGUCAUCAGGCAUCUAAUUUUGAAUAUGAUAAUGACCAAGGAUUCAAAAAGUUUAUAUCGAGAUCUAUGACCAACAUGAAGUACGAAAUUGAAUCUGUUAACAAGCGUCUUGAUUCUUUUUACUCAUUAUUAGAAACAAUUAAUGAUAAACUGAAUAGCAAUAAUGCAUUUUCUAAUUUGGAUAAUGUAUUUGAUAAUUAUGAAAAUGACAUAAUAUGCAUUGAUAACAAUGAUGACCUAGAAAAAAUGGAAGAUAAAUUAACCAAUGACCGACAAUAUAAAGCUUAUGUGAUUGUUUUGUUAACACGGUUGAUGGGAGACAGUUUGUCGGAGUCCGUAAGAAAAAUAAUGCAAAAAUUAUUUACAGAUAAUUUUUUGGCAAACUACUCUUUUAUAGGUUUUAAAGGCAAAAAAACAUUUUCAAACCUUCAGCAUUGUACAGUUAUAAUAGAUGCGAUUUUAAAAAUGAAAAAAUUUAAAGAAGUAUCAAUCAAAGAAAUAGAAAAGCCAAUAAAGAGUUGGAUGGCACAAGCUCCUUCAAGGAUAAAAAAAAAUGCAGAAAAAACUGUUUAA